UAAGUUAAUUGUUACUAUGGUAACAAUGAUUCUGUAAGCAUAAAAUUACUUUCCAAAGUAUUCCAAAAUAUGCAUGUAUCUAUGAUGUAAUUAAAAUAAAUAAAAUAUUUAUUUUUAUUUAAUACAAAAAAAAUUAUGCUAGAUUUAGUAUCCAAUAAUGAAGGAGUCCAAAUAGUAAUGGCUUCAUCUAACGAUUCAAGAUUUCCACCUAGGAAUAUUUUGGAUGGGAAAUCGGACACAUUUUGGGCAACAACAGGUCUUUAUCCUCAAUGCUUUGUAAUAGGUCUGUCAGAGCCUGCUGAUGUAAAAAGUAUUUCUAUAAGCUCAUAUAAUGUGAAAGAUCUUAGAAUUGAAAAAUCAAUCAAGGAAGAUCCUAUUGAAUUUGAAGAAGUUUUAGAAACUGUAUUUGAGUCCAGUGAAGGAGCACCUCAGCAGAAAGCACUCUCCACAUCGUUGUGUGAAGCAAGAUUUUUGAAAUUCAUCAUUAAAUCUGGAUAUGAUCAUUUUUGUGCAGUUUACAAAGUUUCAAUGAAUGGGACUGUGCUCUCAUAAAACAUCUUGUGGAGUUUUUU